AUGAUCUUCGGCCUGCGAGCUGAUGUGGUUCCGGUUAUUGAGCCAUUGUAUUUCACUCUUCGCACCGCUAUUAUGAUUGUGAGUUACUGGUAUUAUCCGGCUUGCGUGCCGUGUGUCGGCCUGCGAGCCGCUGUCACCCUUCGGCCUACAUGCCACAUUUUGGAUCCAUGUUGCACCGGAUUCCAUGUUGUCACCCCUAGAUCCGGCUCCUCAACUGACUCACACUCAUCUACCUUGCACGGUCACGAUGACUUGAUCAACAUCCCGACUAUCUCACCGAUCUAUCCGAGGGCGCCCCCUCGGGGCCAGGCUGCUUAUAUAUUCGUGGGACCCGCCUCGAGCAUGGGGAUAUCAGGGACCAAGGCAACCCGGUCGCUGGCAACAGGUACUGCUGACCAGAGGGCUGUUGACGACUUGAAACAGCAGCAGCAGCAGCAGCUACAAGAGCCGCCUGUGCAAAAUGCUGCCUCUGUUGAGGGUCUCCGAAGAGGGGACUUGGAGCUAAUUCUAUCAAGAAUGGGCUUGGGUCCGAGCGAAGAAGAUGAAGAGGAGGAUCUAUACGAGCUCCUCCCGAACUUGUUCGCGGAGGAGGAGCCGAGCUUGGAGGAGCUGAGGCAGGCCUUCUUCGUCUUCGACAAGAACGACGACGGCUUCAUCGACGCCGGCGAGCUGCGGAGGGUUCUCUCGGAGCUCGGAGUCCGAGAUCAGAGGUUGGAUUUGGACGCCUGUGAAAGGAUGAUCCGAGUGCAUGACCGGAACCGCGACGGGGUGAUGGAUUUUGGGGAGUUCCUAAGGUUCAUGGAGAUCGGUUUUUGUUGA